CCCAUCCCGGGCCCAUCCCGAUCCCAUCCCGAUCCCAUCCCGAUCCCCGGACCGGGCCCCUCCCGAACCCAUCCCGAACCCACCCCCGCACAGCCCUGCCGCACGGCCCUGCCGCGGGACACCGCAGGAUCAUGGAUUUCCCAGGACACUUUGAGCAAGUCUUCCAACAGCUCAAUUACCAGAGGCUCCAUGGCCAGCUCUGUGACUGUGUCAUUGUGGUGGGGAACAGGCACUUCAAAGCCCACUGCUCCGUGCUGGCCGCGUGCAGCACCCGCUUCCAAGCACUCUUCUUGGUGGCUGAGGGGGACCAGACCAUGAACAUGAUCCAGCUGGACAGUGAAGUGGUGACAGCCGAGGCCAUGAACACUAUGUACAUGUCCACGCUUAUGCUCAAGGAGAGCAAUGUGAUGGAUGUGCUGCUGGCUGCAUCCCACCUGCACCUCAACUCUGUGGUGAAGGCCUGCAAGGACUACCUGACCACACGGACACUACCGCUGUCGCCGCCGAGCGAGCGCGCGCAGGAGCAGAGCGCGCGCCUGCAGCGCUCCUUCAUGCUGCAGCAGCUGGGGCUCAGCAUCGUCAGCUCGGCGCUGGGCUCCUCGCAGGGCACCGAGGAGCCGCCCGGCCCCGUGCGGGGCGGGCUGGAGCAGCGCGCCGCCUUCCCCAUGCGCCGCCUGCACAAGCGCAAGCCGCCCUCCGAGGAGCGCGCCCGGCCGCGCGUCCGGCCCGCCAUGGAGGAGCCCGGCGCCGACGGGGCCGCCGAGGGCGGCCAGCCCGUCCACUCGCGCGAGGAGUUCUUCUCUCCGGACUCGCUGAAGAUCGUGGACAACUCCAAGGCCGACGCUGUUGCUGAUAACCAGGAGGACAACACGAUCAUGUUUGACCAGUCUUUUGGUGCUCAGGAGGAUGCUCAGGUGCCCAGCCAGUCAGACAACGGUGGGGCAAAUAUUUCCCAGAUGUCCAUGGCAUCCCAGGCCACGCAAGUGGAGACCAGCUUUGACCAGGAGGCUGCUGCCGAAAAGAGCAACUUCCCAUGUGAGAAUCCGGAGGUCAGCCUGAACGAGAAGGAGCACAUGAGGGUGGUGGUGAAGUCUGAGCCCCUGAGCUCCCCAGAGCCCCAGGAUGAGGUGAGCGAUGUCACCUCCCAGGCAGAGGGCAGUGAGUCUGUGGAGGUGGAAGGAGGAGUGGUGAGUGCAGAGAAGAUCGAGCUGAGUCCUGAGAGCAGCGACCGCAGCUUCUCUGACCCACAGUCCAGCACCGACAGGGUGGGAGACAUCCACAUCAUGGAGGUGUCCAACAACCUGGAACACAAGUCGUCUUUCAGCAUUUCAAAUUUUCUGAAUAAAAGCAGAGGCAGUGGCUUUGGAGCCAGCCAAAACAGCGACGACAACAUUCCCAACACCACCAGUGACUGCAGGAUGGACAGCGACACCUCUUACCUGAUGAGCCCGGAGUCGGGGCCUGCUGGUGGCCACUCGUCCACCACUGUCUCCCACGUGGAGAACCCAUUCAGCGAGCCCGCAGACUCCCACUUUGUGAGGCCCAUGCAGGAUGUGAUGGGUCUGCCCUGCGUGCAGACCUCGGGGUACCGGGCAGCGGAGCAGUUUGGCAUGGACUUCCCACGCUCAGGCCUGGGCUUGCACUCGCUGUCCCGGGCCAUGAUGGGCUCGGUGAGAGGCGGAGCCGGUGGCUUUCCUGGCUACCGCCGCAUUGCCCCCAAAAUGCCCGUGGUGACCUCUGUGCGGGGCUCCCAGCUGCAGGAGAGCUCGUCCGGGUCCCAGCUGCUGAUGAACGGGAGCACCUCCUUCGAGAGCGGGCACCUGUCGCAGCCCGGCCCCCCGCAGCUCACCAGGGCGUCCGCCGACGUGCUGUCCAAGUGCAAGAAGGCUCUGUCGGAGCACAACGUGCUGGUGGUGGAGGGGGCACGCAAGUACGCCUGCAAGAUCUGCUGCAAGACCUUCCUGACGCUCACGGACUGCAAGAAGCACAUCCGCGUGCACACGGGGGAGAAGCCCUACGCCUGCCUCAAGUGCGGGAAGCGCUUCAGCCAGUCCAGCCACCUCUACAAACACUCCAAGACCACCUGCCUCAGGUGGCAGAGCAGCAACCUGCCCAGCAGUUUGCUCUAGGGCGCUGCCCGGGCUGCGGCGGCGGGGCCGACAGACACUGGCGUGCGGUGGUGCCACACACACAGAGCUUGGCUCUGCCUUUGGGGAUAUCCGGUACUACCUCGCGGGGUGUCGUGGGCUCGGCCGCCCGCCGCGAGCCGUGCAGCGGCCAUGGGGAUGUGACCCCCACAGCCAAGCACUCCCUUUGCAGGGCAGAGGGGUGACAGCGUGGGGGGCUUGUGAAAUAGCACGUUUAGAGAACGAGAAACUGAAGUGCAAAUUUCCCUUUUUUUGUGUGUUUGUUUUUUUUUUCUCUAAAGCAUUUUGUAACAGUGAAAGCAUUUAAAUAAUUACUGUAACGAGUUGCUGCAUUAUGUGUGGACAGUAGUGCAGACCACUUACCUUUAAAAGAGAGAAACACGUUUGGCUGCACCUGUCUGACAUAAUGCUUUCAAAUACGCUUAUUAUAACAAUAGUUCUAGGAUUAUGAAUGUAUGUUUGGCUGUUUUGUAGUAAAGGACACUGUGUAAUCAAGGUGCUUAAAUUAAAUCCCAGACAAGUAACUUUUGGACUGCCAGGUGUACAUAUAUCUUUAAUACAGCAAGAUCUGGAUGUUUGGCUGACUUUUUGUUUUUUUCCCGUAGAAACACGUAUUAAGUGAUAAGUGAAGUACUGUCUCUUGUUUGUGCUAUUCCUAGCAGUAUUUUAACCGGUUUGUAUCUCCUGUUACAGUUCUAUAUAGGCAGAAGUCUGAACAGAGCUUGUCUUUGUUGUUUUGAAGGAGGGAGGUAGUUUGUGAUGGCUUUUUUAGCCGUGUAAGACAGUCUCCCUCUGUUUCCAGAUGCCGACAGUCCAUCUGGUCCCCGUUACUGUGUGAGCAUGUUGUCCUUUUCUCUUAUCUCCAGCCUUUACUUUCCUCCUCUGCACACUUACUGACUUCCCUUCACAGUUGUGGGUUGUUCCUUGGAUUGAACUGUCAGGAACAAUCCUCAUUUUCCAUAUCUCAUAGAAUCAUAGAAUAUCCUGAGCUGGAAGGGACCCAUCAGUAUCACUGAGUCCUGCUCCCGGCCCUGCACAGGACACCCCAAGAAUCCCACCACGUGCCUGAGACUGUUGUCCAAACACUUCUUGAACUCAGACAGCCUUGUGGGGCUGUCACCACUGCCCUGGGGAGCCUGUUCAGUGCCCAACCACCCUCCAGGGGAAGAACCUUUCUCUGAUUUCCAGCCUAACCCUCCCCUGACAUAGCUCCUGAGUCCUGUCACUAGUCCUGAGAGUGAAUAGAUCAGUGCUGCCCCUCUGGAGGAUGUUGAAGACCCCAAUGACAUCUGACAUCAGUCUCCCUCAGGCUGAGCAAACCAAGUGCCCUCAGCUGUUCCUCGUAAGGCUUCCACUCCAAACUCUUCCACAUCCUCAUGGCCUCAUUUGGAUGCUCUGUAGUGGCUUCAUGUUGUUUUUAUAUUGUGGUGCCCCAAACUGCCCCAAUACUGAGGUGAGGCCACCCCAGGUCAGAGCAGAGCAGGACAAUCCCCUCCCUGGCCCGGCCAGCGAUGCUGGGCAUGAUACCCCCCCAGGAUACAGUUGGCCCUCCUGGCUGCCAGGGCACUGCUGACAUAUAUAUUUAUGUCUCUCUGUAAAAUGUCAUUGUCAAAUACAGGCCUUCCACUUAAACUAGUGUCAUAAAAGUACUUUUCCACAUAAACUAAAAGAAAACUAGUUUAAGUUUAAUUUUAAAAAAUAGCACUGUACCCUUUGGGUAGUGGAAAUUUGUCAUUUGCCAUGUGAGGUGUGUAAAUCUCAUUUUAAUUUCCUAUUCUUUGAUGCCAUUGUAACUUAAUACUGCCUGCAGGCUCCUUUUGCCACAGGUGCACACGAGCUGGUGGUCAGCAUCUUUAGCUUUUUAAAUAAACUUUUGGAGCACUUCUGCUGAUGAUGAAUGCUGCUCAGGUGUGCAGGAGCUGGAUCAGGUUGGAGACAGAGGAUUCCCUGGACCUGUCAGCAUGUCAUUUGCACUUGAGCAUCUGAAGUAAACAGGAACAUGGAAAUACAGGGGAUGGUUAGAUUAAUUCCUUUAAAAUGUUAAGACUUUGCUAUAGGGUUUACUUAAUGGUCAUAUUUCUGGCUCUUGAUUUUUUUUAAGCAUUAAAAAAAUGCAGUUUUUUAAAGCAUUGGGAUAUGCCAUGUUUUGUUAGAUAAUAAUUUCAGUAUUGGGGACUAACAGCAUUGAGCUGAAUAAACACUCACCCAAGCAUCAAUAAAAUGCAGUAUUUUGUACUUUAA